AUGUGGAAAGGCACAGAUCCGAGUGGGUGUCGGGCUUGUGGGGAUUUAGUCAUUUGCAUCGACAUGUACGGCUUGCGGCUGAUCAACAACAAUUACGUAGCGAAUGGCACUGGGAAGGAUGUGACGAUCACUUACGAUCCCAACUUCCGUGGUGGUAGGCUGGGGAGUGUGAACCAGCUCCAGCACUUCCCGAACCCCAAGGCUGGACUCCCUAAGCGCCGCAAAGACGAAGCUACUGGCUACAAUGCCCGGGACGAAGGGUACAAACAAGCCUUGAAUGUCUCCCGAUCGGCAUUUCUACUUCGACAAGAUGCAAAGGACAAGAUUAAGGAAUCUGCCAAGUUUCGGUUUUCAGACGAUGCAUCGCGGACUAUGACUACUGUGAUGUCCUUGACAUCUUUGCGGGCCAGCAAGGAUUUGAUCCGGGCCUCAUCUGCACCAAGCCUGCAAGCGGCUGCGACGUGCAACUUCAGGCCCCGCUGGGAGAUGCCAGCUUCGAUCCUGGACACCUCGGAGGUCGAUCUCUUCAAGGAGAACAAGUUUGAGAUGUCUCAGAAGUCCUUGUUGCCAACCUACUGGAGGCCCAAGGAUCCGAACCUCGAUUGGCCGGCUCCAGGCUUUUUACAUCCAUGCCAUGGUUUUUCCAGGAACGAUGGUGGAAUGCCCUGGCCCAACUGA